AUGAGCAGGCCUCAAGGUGGACGUAUUCAAGUCCCGGAUGAUCUACGAGAAAUCUUAUUGGAAUUCACUAUAAGUUACCUGUUAGAGCAGCCGGGGGAUGUUAUCAACUAUGCGGUCGAGUUCUUCACUAGGUUACAAAACAACAGAACCACGACCAUAGUCCGUGGCCCGUCAGCGGGCACACCCGACGAGUCUAUAAUAUCAGACGAAGAAGAGCCGCCCGUGGCGCGCUUCAACAAUCGCCGGAAGUCCGUGUUCGCGGAGACAUAUGACCCUGAGGAAGAUGACUCCGACGAGGGUGCUCCAGCGGUGUUCCCCAAGUCAGAUGCUCAGCGGGCGCGUCUUGCUGAAGCGGUGCGCGGGAUAUUGCUGUUCCGCUCGUUAGACGCUCAGCAAAUGCAGCAGGUGCUAGACGCGAUGUUCGAGAAGCGUUCGGAGCCCGGUGAAUACGUCAUCCGGCAGGGAGACGACGGGGAUAACUUCUACGUGAUCGAGAACGGUGUGUUCGACGUGCUGGUCACGGGGGACGAUGGCGUCGAGAAGGUGGUACACACAUACGAGGGUUCGGGAUCGUUCGGGGAGCUGGCGUUGAUGUACAACAUGCCCCGCGCCGCGUCGGUCCGCGCGCAGAGCCCUGGCGCCCUCUGGGCCAUGGACCGCCACACCUUCCGCCGGAUCCUGCUCAAGAGUGCGUUCAAGAAGCGCAAGCUGUACGAAGAGCUGCUCGACAAAGUGCCCAUGCUGAAGGCUCUGCAGUCGUACGAGCGCGCUAACUUGGCAGAUGCCCUUUUGCCUCGCACCCUGAUUGACGGCGAGCUGAUCAUCCGGCAGGGAGACACCGCAGACGGCAUGUACUUCGUGGAAGAUGGCUCCAUCAGCAUCCGUAUCGCUCGCGACGAUGGAAAUGAGCAUGAGAUCAAACGCCUCGGAAAGGGCGAUUACUUCGGUGAGCUGGCUCUAGUGACCCACAAGCCGCGAGCCGCGUCAGCUUACGCCAUUGGACCGACUAAGGUUGCUUUUCUGGACGUGGAGACAUUUGAGCGGCUCCUCGGCCCGUGCAUGGAGAUAAUGAAACGCAACAUUGACGACUACGAGGAGCAGCUCGUCAAGCUCUUCGGGGACAAGAGCAACCUGACCGAUGUGCGAUGA